AUCCAAAACCAGCUUUGUCUCAACAAGUUCAAUGUUGCAGAUCAAUGUUUUUUAUUUUUUUGAAAAAGCUAAACUGAAAUUCAUUAAAAAUCAAACUAAACAUAAAACAUGUUUAGCAUGAUAGAAAAUAGAUACAAUUUAUGAAAAAGCUCUAGUGCACAUUUUUUCAAACACCUGCAAGGGAUACCAACACAUCCUGAACAGAAGAACUAUAGCAAAAUCUCUUGAAAUCAAUAAUCGCCAAUCCCAAACCAACUAGGAGAACCACACAGAUUGCAAUCAAGAAUUGUCAUCAAAAGCAGAAACAGAACGCUUGAACCAGAACUAGAGUCGCAACAUCCAGAAACAGAACCAAUGCCAAAGAAGUAGAAAGAUAGCACGUUUUUAAAAUCCAAACUCCAAUGCCUGAUCAAUCACGAAGGUCGGAAAUCGUAUUCACGAAGGCGGGCGGCGACAAUGAAUCAGGAACCCAAUCGGUGGGUUGUGAUGCGGAAGAUGCAGCGAAGCUUUCUAAAUCAGUGUCCCCACAGCGGUAGAUCUGGAUCUGGGUCGAGCGCGCCGGUCUGCAGUUGUGGUAUUGUGGUUGAGAUUUGGGAGUUCACUGGAUCCCGGUGGAUGGCAGCGGUGUUGGUGGCACUGACGGCAUGGAGGCAGAGAGGAGCGUCGCGGACUCCGCUCAAUCUUCAAUGUGAGCACAACUAGCACAUCCAGAGAUUGGAGAGAGAUAGGGUUAGGGACACGUGUCAGCAUUCAAUUGAACAGCCGAUACAGACACUAACAUAAACCUAUUGCCAAGUUUAGUUCAACAACGUAGAAAUGCUACAAAACCCAAGAGUAGUGCGAUAUUCCGCUCAGCCAUUCAAUCCUCCAACUCGCAUGGCAACACCAUCACUUUCUCCAUUCCAAUUAAUACCCACUUCUCCAUCUUUUCCAAUCCUCAAACAACAAUGCAGAUUCUCACGUAGAGAGCUCACCAUCUUCAGCAACUCUUGCUUGCUACUACUCUUGGGUGCUCAGGCAAGAGCAGAAGAGAAUUUGACUUUGGCAGAAGAAGAUGUUGGUAACACAAGUAACAGCGAUCAACCAGAAGAGAAUCUGACUUUAGCAGAAGAAGAUGUUGCUAACACAAGUAACAGUGAUAAGCCAGAAGAGAAUGUGGCUGUCACUCCCAGCUGCACUGAAAGAAAACCUACAAAACAAGUAUUCUUAGACAUAUCUAUUGAUGGCGAACCUGUUGGUCGCGUUACUAUAGGGCUCUAUGGAGAUGAUGUCCCUGCAGGAGUUGAUAGGUUUAGUAAGAUUGCAAGUGGAGCUGCUGGUAUUAGCUACAGAAGAAAGGAGUUUGUCAAAAUAAUGCCCAAUUACGUUCAACAUGGUGGCCUGAGAUCGUAUGGGGUGGAUGCUGAACUUGCUUCGAAGACAGGUAGCAACUUGGGAACUAGUAGACUUGGUGAGGAAUGGGAAAGGGAGUAUGAGAGAUGUCCUGGGACUAAAAAUGUGGCCGGAAGUGUAGGCAUUAUUGUGAGAAACCCAUCAAAACCGCCUCCAAAGUUGAAGCUUAUUGCAAAACAAGGGAAGCUGGAGAUUGAUGAAGAAGAAGUAGGAAAUGAUCCCAAUGGGACAGAAUUUGUCAUAGCUACGAAGGAUUCGCCAGAAUUGGAUGCAUCGACUCUGGUAAUUGGAAGAGUAAUAGGAGGGAUGGAGGUUGUGCAGAGGAUCGGUCUAGUUAAAACCGUACAAGAGAAUACAGGAUCUCCAUAUUUUAGGGUGGCAAAGCUAAUAGGAGACAAGAGAGCUGUUGUAGCAGAAAGAGGAUUCAACCGCCCUUAUUCAAAGGUCAUUGUUACAAAUUGUGGUUUAAUGGAGUAACACAAAAUUGUAUUCACUCCCUUCUCUAGUUGAUUUCCAGUGUAUGUGUUAGAGAACAUAUAUCACACUCAUAACAAUCUCCAUUGUCAUUCAACCCUAUGUAACGUCUGCCAUUUGUAUUUCAAAUGAGGAAAAAAAAAUAUUACAGCUC